GUGUAAGCGUGCCGUUGUCUUUAUAUUAUACAGUUCGGGUAAUGUAGUUCACGUAACGGAGUCCGCCGAUGACCACUACAGGUGUGUGCGCGUACUGAAAUACAUUAACCAUAAGUCCCCGGGGCGGUUUUAGCCACAGCGAAGGAAUUAUGAACUACGCUCGGUUUUUGACAGCUGUGAGUGCAGCCAGAAAGCCCUCCCCCAUCAGGAUGUUGACUGAGCUGCAGCAGCGGUCGCCUCCAUCCCUCAUUUCUUUGGCCGGAGGAGCUCCAAACCCAAACACCUUCCCCUUCCAGACGGCGUCCAUUGCGGUGAAGAACGGGCCGACGGUCACAUUCGAUGAGGCGGCGAUGAAGAGGGCCCUGCAGUACUCGGCCUCUAACGGGAUACCCGAGCUUCUGACGUGGAUGAAGGACCUGCAGAAGAACCUCCACAAACCUCCGACCGCCGGCUACAGCCCAGAGAAUGGACAGAUGGACAUGUGUGUGACUACAGGCAGCCAGGAGGGGCUCUGCAAGGUGUUCGAGAUGCUGGUCAACCCCGGGGACAACGUUCUCCUGGAUGCCCCCACGUAUUCGGGCACACUCGCAGCACUCCAGCCGCUCGGCUGCAACUUAAUAAACGUUCCCAGCGACCAGCACGGCAUGAUACCUGCGGCCCUGAAGGAGGUCCUGUCCCAGUGGGAUCCGUCAGACGUCCACAAGCCCGGCAGCACCGCGCCCAAGGUCCUCUACACCAUCCCCAACGGGGGGAACCCCACCGGUGCCUCCAUGACGGCAGAGAGGAAGAAGGAAGUGUACGAGCUGGCAAGGCAGUAUGACAUGCUCAUCAUCGAGGACGACCCAUACUAUUUCCUGCAGUUUGAAAAGCCGUGGGCUCCCACGUUCCUCUCCAUGGAUGUCGACGGGAGGAUCAUCAGGACAGACUCUUUCUCCAAGAUCCUGUCUUCAGGACUGAGGAUAGGCUUCGUGACCGGCCCCAAACCGCUGGUGGACAGGGUGGUGCUGCACAUCCAGGCCUCGACAAUGCACACGAGCACCUUCACGCAGCUCAUGGUGUCUCAGUUGCUGCACAGCUGGGGACAAGAGGGUUUCCUCCAGCACAUAGACAGGGUGAUUGAGUUUUACAGACAGCAGCGCAAUGCCAUGAUCAGCUCUGCAGACAAGUGGCUCAAAGAUGUAGCAGAGUGGCACGCGCCAUCGGCCGGCAUGUUCCUGUGGAUGAAACUCAAGGGCAUAGCCGACACCCAGCAGCUCAUUAUGGAGAAGGCUUUGGAGAAAGAGGUGUUGCUGGUUCCUGGAGGUGUCUUCAUGAUCAACAGCAGUGACCCUUGUCCCUACGUCAGAGCGGCCUUUUCUCUUUCUACACCGGAGCAGAUUGACGAGGCUUUCAGAAGACUCUCUUUACUCAUCAAAGACGCUUUGUGAUGACAGAUUUAUUUUUCACUGACAGAUGCUGAUGUUUUCAACUUCCCGUUAAAGACUUCGAUGACGUUUACGUUCAAUACAUGACAUUACGCUUGAGGCUGGCUCCAAAAGUGAGACCUCCAUAUUAACACGUCCAGCUAAUGUCCAUAUAUGUUGGUACGAGGUUAAUGUUCAUAUCAAUCUCAUAUGUGUUAGGGUUUAAAUUUAUACAUAAUUAAAUAGGUGGCUGGCAUAUAGGAGCAGUCUCAGGUAGCUAACUGCCUAAAUGUCACCCAAUUCACCGUUUUGCCCAUUUUUGAAUUAGCCAGGAGUUAGGCGGAGUCAGGCACGGCCAAGAUGGCGACGACCUGUUCCGCCCACACUGAGCUUCACAACCGUUCACCAGAAAACCUACUAGUGACGUCACAGAGGGUUUGUCCAUCUUUACGUGCAGACAGCGGGGAUAGCAGAUGUUUUUUGGGUUGAGUACGCCAACACAAAAUCAUGAAUCUUACGAAUGUGCUGUACUGAGGAGUGAUGACCCGGAUACCCACUGUUGGUAAUGUCAUAAAGUUCCUUCUUUAAAUACAGGUCACUGAUACCAGGCUUCGGUUAUUCACUGGACUCUCAGUGGAUUUAAUGGUGUGUCUUUACUUCACAUGUUCAUUUCCAUUCAACACAGCUUUGCGCUGAUGUUUGAAAACACUAAGAAACUAGAGAAAAAAGAGGGUUUGCUGCUACCUCAUUGCACUACAGCCUCAUGGUCACUCAAGUACAGUCUGAUUUGAUCUUAAGGGGGAUGCACCGGUAACGUAAUAUCAUAAUAAUACAAAUACUCUUUACUAUACUAUUAUUGAAAAGAUGCUGUUAACAACUUGAAUGUCAUUUUUGCACUUUGGACCCUUUGGCAGGCCGGUUUAGGCCCGUGGGCCAUAUGUUUGACACCCUUGCACAACACAGUGAAGCUGUCUUUAUCUUGUCUGUGAACAAUAAGGUAAAAAAUAAAAUAUUUUUCAAGCCUG